CCUGCGCGGGCGCAUGCGCCUGUGCGCACGCUCUCUGGUGGCGAGCGCAAUCGCCUUUUGCUGGCGCGCUUAUUUGCCAGGCCUGCCAACGUGUUGGUACUGGAUGAACCCACCAAUGAUUUGGAUAUUGAUACUUUGGAGCUGCUUGAAGAGCUGUUGCUAGAUUACGAGGGCACCGUUUUUCUGGUUAGCCACGACCGCAGCUUUAUGGACCAUGUUUGCACCAGCACCCUUUGUUUUGAAGGUGCAGGCGUAUGGCUGGAAUAUGAAGGUGGGGUGAGCGAUUACUUAGAGCAAUCAGCGCGCAGGGCGGCUUUGUCGCAAAAUAUUGAAAAAUCAGAAACAAGCGCUCAAUCCGACAUACAUCCUGCAAAUACGAAGCAGUCAGCUAGCUCUGAGCCCAGUUUUGACCAACAAGCUGCCCGAUCCAAACGCAAACUCAGUUACAAAGAGCAACGCGAGUUAGACAAUAUGCCUGAGCAUAUUGCUGAACUAGAGGCGGAACAAAAUCAGAUUCAAAACAUGCUGGCUGAUAGCGACAUUUACCGGCAAGCACCCGAGCGUGCAGCGCAAUUGCACACCCGAAGUCAGCAAAUUGAGGAGGCACUUUUGCAAGCGUUGGAGCGCUGGCAGGAGUUAGAAACGCUG